AGACUAAUCAUCUCACAGCCUUAUAUAAGAAAGAGGAAACCAUCCACGUUUGGGAAAAUGGCUACAUCCAGAGCCCUCGUUUCCCACACAAUUAUCCCAGGAAUCUCUUGCUGACAUGGAAGCUACGUUCACCAGGAAAUGCUAGAAUACAGCUGGUCUUCGAUCAUCAGUUUGGACUGGAGGAACCAGAAAAUGACAUCUGCAGAUAUGAUUUUGUGGAAGUGGAGGAUAUUUCCGAAAUUAGCACUCUCAUCCGAGGACGGUGGUGUGGAUAUAAAGAAGUUCCUCCCAAAAUUACAUCAAAGACAAACCAGCUGAAGAUCACCUUCAAAUCAGAUGACUUCUUUGUGGCUAAACCAGGAUUCAAGAUUUACUAUUCCCUGGUGGAUGAUCUUCAGCCUGUUGCAUCUGAAACCAACUGGGAAUCAGUCACAAGCCCGGUGUUGGGCAUUUCCUAUCGCUCUCCAUCAGUGACUGACCCCACUCUUACUGUGGAAGCCUUAGAUCAAACCAUUGCUGGGUUUGAUACUGUGGAGGAAUUGCUCAAGCACUUUAAUCCAGAUACGUGGCAAGAAGAUCUUGAUCACCUGUACACAGAGAGCGCUCCACCUCGAGGCAGAAGUUUCUAUGAGAGGAAGUCGAAAGUUGAUUUAGACAGGCUCAACGAUGAGGCAAAGCGUUAUAGUUGCACUCCAAGGAAUUACUCUGUCAACGUGAGGGAGGAGCUGAAGCAAACCAGUGCCGUUUUUUUCCCUCGCUGCCUCCUUGUCCAGCGCUGUGGAGGAAACUGUGGUUGCGGAACUACACAUGGGAAAUGCGCUUGUACGGCAGGAAAACUGGUGAAGAAGUAUCAUGAGGUGCUGAGAUUUAUCCCUGAAGCAGGUCACCUCAGGAGGAGGGGAAAAACUAAGCACAAUAUGGCACUGAUUGAUAUUCAACUGGAGCACCAUGAACGUUGCGACUGUGUCUGCAGUGCAAGGCCACCGCGAUAAAAGCAGAGCGCCUGGUUUUAUGUGCAACUUAAAAGACCUCUUUCUCUUGAAGAAGGAGCUGUCCAUGCUGAUUUGCCCAGUGAUCACCGAACUAUGCUAAAAGCCUGCAUCCAUAGCCUUUUGAUUUAAAGUGCUAAGUGCCACGACAGCUUACCAUUAAUAAAGCAGAUUGACAACUCUGAAUGAAAAUCUGGGAUUGAGUUUAGAAAACAAAUGAACUCAAGGGCUGAAUUUUUCAGGUGAUGAAAUCGACCUGCAUGAUGGCAGCACUCUUUUUUGGCUGAGUUCUUAGUUGGCUUUUAAAAUUCUUCAUGCGUGCAUGUAAUCACAAUACUUUUGCACAAAAUCCUUUGCACAAACACACUUAAGCACACUUACAGCCCAAAUUAAGGAAAAGGGAAUCCUGUAUGUGCAAAAUGGCUAAUUCAGUUUAUAGACCGCCAGCAACAAAUACAGGUGUGUUAGAUUUACAGAACCCUGGUGCUGAAUGGAAGUAUAAAACCAGCAAUAGCGUCUAGCAAUACAGGCAUCAUACCUAGAUAUAUGCAUUACAGUAGUCAGAUCACAGCAAGCAAGUCUGAACAUUAAGCAACUAGAUCUAAGGGUGCUACAGUCCACAUAGGUAGUCCUUGAUUUAUGACCAUAGUUGCGACUGGAACUUCCAAUUCUAAGCAAUAGGGUCAUUGAAUGAGUCAUCACAUUAUUACAUCUCAUUUCAUGAUCACUUUUGCCAUGGUCAUUAAGCAAAUUAUGAGAUUUUUAAGUGAAUUUGGCUCUACUCCUUGGCUUUGCUUGUCAGAAGCCAGCUGGAAGAUUGCAAAUGGUGAUCACAUGUAAAAAACCAUUGUAAAAAAAAGCAUGCUGGUUGCAAAUCUCUUGAAUCAUGAUCAAGUGACUGCAAGGACACUGCAGCACUUGUAAGAGCGAAGACCAGUCAUAAGUCACUGUUUUUUCAAUACCAUCAUACCUUUGAAUGGUCACUAAAUGAAUGGUUGUAAGUCAAGGACUACCUGUAUAUAAUCUGGUUAUUUACAUGGAUUUAUGAAUCACUCUUCCCUCAACUGGCCUUGUUUCCUCAAAAUACAGGUUUCAAAAUGCCAUGCUGAUAUUCAUUCAAAUUAUCACCUUUUAUGGGUAGUCAAGUUGUCACCAAACAUGUCAGAAUAUUGUUAGAAUAGGCUCCAUCUAUUCCUCUUCAGGCAGUUGUCUAAAAGUCACUAUACUUCCCAUUUUAAAGUUUCAGAAAAACUUCAUAGAAUUGUUGCUAUCAAGAUCAGAAAGAUUCCUCCUCAGCCUUGUAAAUAAAGACAUCUUUGGGGUUUUGGCAACCUUUCCCAAACCGGUUCCUUCCAGAUGUAUUAGAAUCAAAAUAAGAAUCCUGGAGGUAGCCCAACACAUAUGGAGAACCUCAAGUUGGAGGAGAAAAGCUACACUGAAUCCUUCAACCCACCAUUGUGCUGAAAGGAAGUGAUACUGUGUUUCCCCAAAAAUAAGACCCAACUGGAAAAUAAAGCCUAGCAUGAUUUUUUCAGGACACUCAUAAUAUAAUCCCCACCCCCAAAAUAAGCCCCAGUUAAGAUCAUCAGCUAGAUGGACAUAUUUAGUAUCACAUUUCCCUGAAAAUAAGACCUAACCAGAAAACAAGCCCUAAUGCAUCUUUUGAAGCAAAAGUUAAUAUAAGACCUGAUCUUAUUUUGGGGGAACACGGUAUACCCAAUCACCUAAUUUAGUGGUUAUAACUUUGACAAGAUCUUCACUUUUGCAUUUCAUGCCAAUCUGAUUUAGACAAUCCAAGUAGUGCACAUAUUUUUUUUUUUCAAAUGCAGUAGUUUGAGUUCAAAAUGGGCUGUUUCAUCCUAUGAGGGCUGGUUCAAACUGAGAAUGUUUGUGGUAUAAUUGGAAUAGCUUGCUGUGAGUCUAAAAUAACCUCUCUCGGUUUCAAAACACAUUUUAAAUCAACACUUUCCCCCUUCUAACAAGGACACAAAAAACUAGACAUAAAGAAGCAAGGCAACUAACUGAAAGUCCAAAUAAAAUGCAUCUCAUUUAGUGGGAGUCACCAGCAGAUCCAAAAUUUGGAGCUGGGAUUUCUGCUUCUCUCUCUUUCUCUCCCAUUUUAUAUAAUAUUUUAUCUGCUAGUGUGUUUGAACUGGAUCUAGUUCUAAUAAGCUUGUCAUUCAAAUAAUAAAGCUUGCCAUUCAUAUAGCGUAACCUUUCCCAAACUGGAUUCUUCUAGCUACCCUGGACUAUUAUAUCUGGACAGCUUUUAGCCCAUAAACUGUAGACCAAAUUGUCAAAACUAGCUUGGGAUAAUGGGAACAGGAACAGUAGUGAAGGUAUGUGAAAGACAGAAGAUUGAUAUACAGGUAAUCUUUGACUUACUUCACAAGUGAGCCCAAAACUUCCAUUGCUAUGUGAGACAGUUGUUAAGUGAGCUUUUGCCCAUUUUAUGACCUUUCUUGUCAUACUUGUUAAACAAAUUAGU